GGGUCUUGCAGUCUUGCAGGAUGCAGACAGAUAAACUUGGGUGACUAUUUCUUUGGGACCAGGUUCCAGAUGUUCCAUCACUAUUCCUUUACUUUCAGCUGCUGCUUUUCUGCUCUCAGGUUUUAUCAUGGAAAUUCUCAAAGCGCUGAUCUUUCUCUGUCUUUCUGUGGCGGUUUGCAGGUCAGACUCUAAUCUGAGCAGUGAUUUAGUUUUGCUCCCCUAUGAUUUCCUUUUUGACGCGGCGGUGGAAGCCUACUAUAAGGGGGACUGGCUGGCAGUCAUCCUAAACAUGGAGAAAGCCAUCAGGAACAAAGAUGCGCUCCGGAACAUUAAGGCGCAGUGUCGGCUGCGCUGCGCAAACCAGUCCGCCUUCAGCCAGCCUUCAGUCGGCAUGAAGGUUCCCAUCCCCGGGGCAGGAUCUGUGGAAGAUUUAAGCUUUUUCCAGACUAUCCUGCAGCGCGCAGACUGUAUAAAUGUCUGUGAAUCGGAGAAGCUUGGUUCACCGACUCUGCACCAAGUCAGCGAGGAAGUGGAUCUGGAGUUUCGGAAGAGGAGCCCCUACAACUACCUCCAAGUGGCUUAUUUCAAGAUCAAUAAACUGGACAAGGCGGUGGCAGCUGCACACACCUUCUUCCAGGCCAACCCUGAUCAUAUAGAGAUGAAGCAGAACCUGGAGUACUACAGGAUGAUGGCCAGAGUACAAGAGGAGAACUUCAAAGAUCUGGAAAUGAAGCCACAUAUGGCUGAGUUUCUGAUGGGAAAAAGCUUCUAUAGUGACGACUCGUUCCAAUUGGCAGCCGAACACUUUGAGAGGGCCUUGGAUGAGUACUUUGUUGCCAACAAGGAGUGCAGGGUUUUGUGUGAGGGGGGGUACCGGUUUGAUGGAUACUCUUACAUGGAGUACAGCGCAGACCUGUUUCAAGCCAUGACAGAUCAUUACUUGCAGCUGCUGAACUGCAAGCAGCACUGCUCUGUGGAGCUGGCCACUGCAGCUGGCAGAGAGCGUCCUUUUGAGGACUUCCUGCCUUCUAUCUUCAACUACCUGCAGUUCUCUUACUACAACAGUAAGUCUAUCAGCCUGUUUUACAAAAAGCUGUUUUAAAACUUAAAGGAAUAUGCUGAUUAUUUAUUGGUGACAUCAUAAGCUGUGAUUUUUAAUGUGCGAUCUGUAACACAGGUGGUGAAACAUUACAUCCAGCAGUCCAUACUGGAAAAGGAGUUGCUGUACUUUGGAUACGAAGCUUUUGGUAUCACCUUUGUAGAUCCUGACGCUUGGACUCCAGAGGAUGUCAUGCCGAACAAGUUAAGAAACAAACACAAGGCGGACAGAGAGACGGCAGCGAGGAUCACAGAGGAGAUAGGAAACCUGAUGAAGGAGAUUGAGACGCUAGUUGAGGAGAAGAAAAAGGAUUCCUCAGAAAUGGCAAAAAUUGUUCUGCCCCAAGAAGGUGGGGCGGAGCUGUAUGAUAAUAUUAAGGUGACCAUGAUAUCCAGCCAGCUGAAUGGAUCUCAGCGGGUGCUGUUGGAUGGGAUGAUCAGCGAUGACGAAUGCAGGGAGCUGCAACGCCUCUCCAACGCUGCUGCCCUAAAAGGCGAUGGUUACCGUGGGCAACCAUCCCCACACACGCCCAAUGAGAUGUUUCAGGGAGUCACUGUCCUGGCAGCUGUCAAGCUCGGACAGGAGGGAAAGGUCCCUCUGAAGAGCGCUCGUUUGUUCUUUGACCUCAGCGAGAAAGUGAGAAAAGUGUUGGAGUCGUACUUUCAACUGGACAAACCUCUCUACUUCUCCUAUUCACACCUUGUGUGUCGCUCUGCCAUUGAUGAAAAGCAGGUUGACCGGAAGGACCUAAGCCACCCAGUUCAUGUAGACAACUGUCUGCUGGUUUCGGAGCUCAAAGAGUGUAAAAAAGAACCUCCUGCUUACACUCACAGAGACUACAGUGCCAUACUGUAUCUAAAUGAUGACUUUGAAGGAGGAGAGUUUAUUUUUACUGAGCUGGAUGCAAAAACAGUUACGGCUGAGGUUCAGCCGCGCUGCGGUCGGGUUGUCGGCUUCGGAGCGGGAAAAGAAAACCCUCAUGGUGUCCGAGCCAUCACUAAAGGUCAGAGAUGUGCCAUGGCUCUUUGGUUCACCUUGGAUCCCACUCAUGAAGAAAAGGAGAGAAUCCAGGCCCAGCAGUUGCUCAACAUGUUUUCAUCUCCUAUAAAUGCUCAGUUCGUCCAUGAAGCAGCAAAGGAUGAAUCUCAGGUGACAACAGAUAAACGAGUAAAGACAGCGGACAUUGACGCGCAUGCUGGACAAUCGGCUGAUCAGCCAAAAGGCGUUACUGAGAAGAAAAUGACCACUGAAACAGCAAAAGAGGAAAUCAAAGAUGGAAAACAAAUCAAAGUUACUCCUUCUAAGGAGAACUCGACUCCAUCAUUAGAGGAGGAAAGAGAGAAAGACGAGCUGUGACGUUUGCAUGUGUGAAUGUUUUAAGGUUAUAACUAAAAUUUUUAGAUUUUAUAAAGUUCUUUUAUGUAAAUGGUUGAAUAAAUGGAGGUGGUUUGUUUCAAAAUCUUGCUUU